AGUGAGAAGUCAGAUUUCUGCAUUCACACACAGACAACACAUCUGUUACUGUUUUCUGACGUAGUGAAAACACUUAGCUUCAAAUCGCUGACAGCUAAAAAUAAAAGAAGACAGGACAUUUUACUGAAGUGGACAGUGAUGGAGACUAUGGUGUGUCCGAUGGGUGGAGGAGCCACCCGGCUGUACAGAACCCUGACUCAGACCCUCAGCAGCACCAGCUCUCCUUUGCCCCUCCCUCCCUCCCACCUGGACCCUCACCAGCCUGCAAACACAAACCUGGAUCCAGAUUUCUGCCAGGAGCAGACAGGGUCUCCUUUAUGUCGCCCUGAUCCAGUGGAUCUGCUUCGACAGUGUCAGGAGGCCCUCAGGGAUCGACCAGCUCGCUUCCACAGGAAGCUCAUCUGCCUGAGUGAUGGAGACAGCACCUCCAGCAGCCCCAUCAGGGUGAUGCAGUGGAACAUACUAGCCCAAGCUCUGGGUGAAGGACUUGACAGUUUUGUCCAGUGUCCCCUGGAGGCCCUCAGUUGGUCCAGAAGAAAGUACCUCAUCUUGGAGGAGAUCCUGACCUACCGACCUCACAUCCUGUGCCUACAGGAAGUCGACCACUACUAUGACACCUUCCAGCCAGUCCUGGCAGGCCUGGGCUACAGCAGCCACUUCUGCCCCAAACCCUGGUCUCCCUGCCUGGACGUGGAGGGCAACAAUGGCCCCGACGGCUGUGCGCUGUUCUUUGACCAGUCACGAUUCGAGCUCCUGGACAGCGUGAACAUACGACUCUCCGCCAUAAGGAUUCCAACCAAUCAAGUUGCCGUAGUGACCACGUUGCGAUGUCGGACCACAGGCAGGUGUUUGUGCGUGGCCGUGACCCACCUGAAGGCUCGUUCUGGCUGGGAGUGGCUCCGCAGCGCUCAGGGUUCUGAUCUCCUUCGCCACCUGCAGAAUCUAGUCCAGAAACACUCCAGUGGACCUGCAGGUGAACCAAACACCGACAUUCCUCUGCUCAUUUGUGGAGAUUUCAACGCAGUGCCAACAGAGGAGGUGUACCGGCGGUUCGCCACUUCACCUCUCGGUUUGGACUCGGCCUACAAGAAGCUCAGCCAAGAUGGUCUGACAGAGCCGGAGUACACGACGUGGAAGAUUCGGCCUACAGGGGAAUGUUGUUCCACUCUGGACUACAUCUGGUACAGUCAGGACACGCUGAGAGUGGACGCUGUUCUAGAUAUGCCCACUGAGGAGGAAAUCGGACCAAACAGGCUCCCGUCCUUCAGCUAUCCAUCCGAUCAUCUCUCUCUGGUUUGUGACUUCAGCUUCAAGGAGAAGGACUGAGAAGGAGGCGAAGAAUGAAGACACGAGAAGUGAUGUAGCUGUGGAGUCGAGUUUGGAUCCUGGUGCGGUUCACUCCACAAGAAGGGAGCCAGACAGGAAGCCACAUGAAACGGUGAAGACAAAGACAGGAGGCCGAGAUACCGGAGUGGAAAGUUUAAUAACUGUGACUGGACUGAAGAGUCGGGUGAUUUAAGACACUAAAUUUACAGAGAUACACUCUGUAUCAGCUACCUUCCCCAUACUACAUGAGUGUUUUCUGAACCAAGUUACCUUCAACUUCUAAACUCAAACUGCACACAAAUGUACUUUUUUUGUUCUUAUGAUUUUAAAAUCAUCCUUACAUCAAACUAUAGUCAGUGUUUGCUUCACACUGCCAAUGUACUACAGAUUGUAAAUAAAGUGUUUUGCUUGA